UAUAACGACUCCCUUCACCACCUCUUUCAGUUGCGGUGCUCUUAGCUCAGCAGUGGAAACUCUUUGCUGUACGGAAAACUGUCGUUAUUGUGGUGGAAGAUGAUGGGUAUCCUACAGUUUUUUUGUACGCUCCUCUUUUUCUCGCUCGUGGCCGCCGCUCCUCCAGGGCCUGUGGUGGACGUGGACUCAAAUGACCCUGAGGUGCAGGCCUGUGCCUCCUUUGCACUGGAAGCCUUCAAUCGUUUCAACCAGGACCCCCACCUCUACGCCAUCACCAAGUUCACCUCCGUCAAGAGGGCCAACAUUGGUGGGGGUAUGUAUGACAUAGAGGUAGAGGUGGGGAAGACUAAGUGUCUGAAGGAAAGCAAUGCAGAUCCCAGCUCUUCCUGUGCCGUGAUCAAUCCUGAAGCCAAGGUACUUUUCCAUGUUUCACAGAUCUUCCCUGGAGCUUAUGCAACUUGCCACUUUAUUGUCCUGAGUGCUCCAUGGAAACAUCAGAGGACCCUAAUCCAGAGUUCCUGUGUGGCUCCAUGAUCCAGACUAGACCCAAGCCCAAUCACUACACCCAAAAUGUCUCAAGCUCUUACAAUUCUGCUUUUCCUUUUCUGUGCUCCUCUGACCACACACUGUUGGUUGUAUGGAAUCUUUUCUUCAUGGAAAGAGUGGUUCCCUGAUUCUGUUAUAAACCGAUUCUUGAGAAUGCAAGGUC